AUGAGGAGGCGCUAUGUGAGCCUAGUUGCCACGCCAGGGUUGGCAGAGGCUCACCUCCUAAUCUUUGAAAAUGAGACGAAGUGGGUGGCGUCUAAUCCACCCCUUAUGUCGCCCUGUAGCACGCCAUCGCCCACGCCUUCCGCUUCUCCUCCUCGACCUGCCUCUGAGAUAGGAUCAGCUUCUCUUCAGACACUUGAAAACCUUCUACAAGCUGACGAUGGCUCUCGCAAAGGCGCCAAAUACGUUGUUCGAUUGGAAGGCCUUUUCUAUGUUGGGGUGAAUCACGUCUACGUCCAUGGACGAUUGUCUGUCGCUGCAGCAAUAAAAUCAGCCUUGGAGAAACUCGUGGUUGGAUCAAAGAACCACGGACAUCAACAUCAAAAGCAGAAGCAUCAAAAUCCAUUGGACCCCACUGGAAGUGCGGAGUCUUACUUAUCCACCAUCUCUACACCCGGCACAAUUAAGGGGUCUGUAGAGGCCUUAGAGUCCUCGCAACGACCGGCAUCGAUCUGCGGAUUGCCAUCACUAAAUGGUGUCUCUUCUGCUGCCACCUCAACUACCACUAAUCCAUCACGUUCACCCACCUCCUUGGGACUUUACUUCCAGGAUGGGAGUUCUACUCUAAUGUCCUUUCCCACCCCUGAUCUCCUUGAAGAUUGGCUGCGCCUCUUAUCCGCAGUUGUUGGAACCAAUCGGUCGCGGUCUGGGUAUCCUCACAUUGAAUACGCCUCAACAGUGACGUGCAGGUUCAAGGCGAAGGAAUUCAACUCGGGCCCCUUUCCCAAGAUAAAAGGAGAGUGUCUCUUCUGCCUCUCCAAAUUGGACGUCCUUCUCAUCAACCAAAACAUAAAACAGCCCGACCUCUCCAUUCGCUUCCCCUACGUGCGAAAUUGCGCCUCCAGAGAUGAUGGACGUCUGUGUUUGGACAUUGGCCGAGCCGCACCGACUGGGGAAUGUGAAUUGGUCCUCCAACUUCCCAACGCCCGGGAGGCGAAGGCUGCUCACACACGAUGCAUCAUGUUAAUGCGACAGUGUCCCACCUGGCUGAAACUUGGACGCGAUGGACCCAGCUCGCGUAGACGCACGUUGCCAAAUUUUGGGAAAAAAGUCACUGGUGUUAACUUGGCGGGACCACCAUUGCCUCGUGUACCCGCAGUGAAUGAAAGCGCCACCGCUUCAACCGUUACUACGCCAACGGAGGAUCAACAAACUCCUUCAGAGCAGCGUUUAUCACCAACUCUUCUCCCCAUUGUGCCUGAAACGUCGAUCUCUCCCACACAGGAAAUACCUACACCCCCACCUUUGUUGCCAACACCGCUGUUACCACUGCCCGACAUCCUCUCGGUGACAUUCUCCUCACAUUCUGUGUCUCACCUGAUAAGUCGACGGAUUCAUCAUUGUUCCUCGCUCUCCCGCAAGAGUCACUCAUUUCCCUCCCGUCUCUGCACUGAACCCAUUCCUGAAGUCGUUGUCGUUGAUGAGCGCGCUGGCGAUAUCACGGAAGCUGGCGUGGGAUCUCCGAAUUCGGCUCCAAAAGAAGCACCGGAAGCGGACGAAAGCCCUCCAACACCGACUCACAACAACGCAGCUGAUCCCACCAACCACUACCUUCAACUUAAUGUCGACAACUUAAUGGGAACGCAUAUCAAGAGUAUUGCCAAGUACACCGUGUCGGAUGCAGGAGGUGGUGUGGAAAGUGGUGGAGGCGGGGCAGGAAGUGCUGGAAGAGGGGACGAGAAGGGAAUGUGCCUUAGAGACGAGAUGCCAUCGGAGGAAACAAUUCAUCACGUUCUGGCCUACCUCUCCAGCAUAACGCGCCCCUCAAAGUCUGUUAAUGUGGAGAACGAGCCUUCCCGACCCAGCACGACGUAUAGGCAACCGACAGUCAAGUUCUCACCCAAUCCUCUCAUGAUUCCUACUGAUCACACUCAAGAUGGAUUCUAUGUGGAACCACUGAUAGUUGGCAUCAAUCGACUUACGACAAAGGUAGGCUCCCAGUCUUCCGAUAUUAGUAGAACCUCUUCCACAAAAAAGACCUCCAGUUCCAGCGGCGGUGUUCAGCUGCGUAGGCCAAAGCGAUGUUUCACUGGCUACAUCUCUCAAGGCAGCAGCAGCCUGGGUGUUUCCAGUGGUGGAAGCGGUGGCAGUGUUGGAUCGAACAAUCGCAGCCGUAUCUGCUCGCACCGUGACAAUGAUGAACUCUUUGCGGAUCUCACUUAUGCUCCAUCUGCCUCCUCACGUCACACCACCCUCUGGCAAAUGUCGAAGGGGUCCACUUGCGAACGGUCAUCAGUUUCCUUCGAGACGGGAACUAUAUCAAUGCUGGAAGAGUCCUGUUGUGUUGAUGAAGACGGAAAGAAUCAUAAGCGGCCCCGAACUUCUAGUGAUGCAGGAACUAAGUGGAAAACCAGCAUAACCGCCCCCAUAAGGCUUUUGCCAUCCAGCAGCCAGAUUGCUGACGCCAUAUCUCGUCCAAGAGCACGUUCGUUGACUCAACAGCUCGCCACAAAACCACUUAGUCAACCCAUUGGGGUGAAAGAUCUAGAAGGACUGCCAUCUGGUGAAGGCUACAACGGCUGUGUGCAAUUGGGUUCACGUUCAAGUUCCACAACUUCAACAUCCAAAAGUAUUAGGCGAGCCCUGGAGCACGUCCUUGGAAGGCCUCGGUCAACAGAGGAAAGAGAUGGUCUUGUAGCCAAUACAGUCUCUCCGAGCCAUCAGCUGCAGCAGAAUAAAAGUCGUUUACAAGAAUCCGAGAUCUAUGUUGAGAUGGAUUUUCCAUUGGCGAACUCGUCUCAUGCUGCCACCGAAUUGCCACCAGAGGUGCGAAAUACCCUAAGAGGUUCCCUUCUAAUAACCCCGUCAGACUCCCUCUCUUCUAACUCUUCCUGCCUCUCCUUUUAUGGUGGUGGCUGCGGCGGCGGCGGUAUUGGUGGCGGUGGUGGUGGUGGUGGAAGGCAGCCAAUGCCUCUGUCCCGCACCGCUCCCGGAGUGAGUUUCAGUGAGCACUACGGUUUUGUAUUUAGUCAGGCGGUGGCCUCAACGAUCUCAGCUUCGAGAACUCCCUUCCUCAUAAAGCCACCGAACUCGAGCGCCACUACUAACGUUAACACUGCUGGCUGUGACAUUCCUCCCCCCACCACGGCUCACUGA